AUGAUAUUCCAUGGAGCUCAUAAGUUGGUCGCAGAUUUUGGACUUGCUCUUCUUUUUCCGGAAACUGGUAACCUCACUCACAUCACUAGAUCAAACAAGGGAACUCAAGUUUAUGCAGAUCCAGAGCAUUAUCCUCAAAAGGUUUCUGAAAAGUCAGAUGUUUAUUCCUAUGGUGUGGUUCUUCUAGAGCUAAUAUCUGGAAAAAAAACUAAGUUUGAAGACACUAAUAUUGUUGCUUGGGCAAAACCUCAGAUUCAAUAUGCUUUGCGCAGUGGAGACUAUACAAAUCUUGUUGAUUCCAAAAUAUUGCAAAUGAACUACAACGAAAAGGAAAUGAAAGCAAUGAUUUCUUGUGCUGCGGCUUGCAUGUAUAAACCUUCAAAUUCUCGUCCAAAAAUGAAUCAGAUAGUUCGAGCACUUGAAGGAUAUAUGUGUAUAGAGGAAAUAUGGAACGAGAAGAAUGACAACAUAUUCCUGAAAGAUAAUCCUAAGUCUAAUGGAUCUCAUAAUGUUGAGCCCAAUGGAUCUCAUAAAUCGAAACCUCUUAUCAGUUCAGAAGCUAAUGGAUCUCAUAAUAUUGAGUUCAAUGGAUCUCAGAAACUGAAGUCUCUGGUCAGUUCAGAAGCUAAUAAUGGCAUUGAACAGAAGGAAUUUACUCAUCGAGAACCCUUGGUGGCAAUUAAUGGUUCCUCUAAUGCCACUAAUGUCACUGAGAGGUUUCAAGAUUAUCGGCAGAGGAAAAUUAAUUUUCAAGAAGAUUAUCAGCCGAGAAGAUUUACUUAUCAAGAACUAACAAUGGCAACUGGAGGUUUCUCCGAGGACAACCGUCUUGACGAAGGUCCUUGGGGUCAAGUCUAUAAGGGAGACCUAAAUGGUGAAAAGGUGAAAGUUAAGAAAUUUAAUAAUCCUAAGAAGCAAGAAGAAGAAUACACGAAGAUGAAAGCUGUUGCCAGUGGUUUCCGUCUCAGAGGUCUUGUUAACCUUAUUGGAUACUGCGAAGAAGGAGCCAAUAGACUGCUUGUUUAUGAGUUUGUUCCACUGGGCAAAUCCUUGAGAAAUUAUUUUGAUGGUAAGGACGGUUGCCGGAGAGUAAGUGACGAUUUAAUACGAUUGGCAAGAACAUUGGAUGAUUUGGAAAAUAAACUUGCGAAAGGUGAAAAUGAACUUGCGAAAGAAAAUUUUCUGUCGUGGCAUAUGUCAGCGCAUUGGAAGGACAAAUUUUUUCUUGAUGACGAUUUUGAGCUCAGGGUGAUAAUUACACAUAUAAUAGCACCUUAUCGGCAAUCGUUUGCACAUAUUUGGGCAUUUUAUUUUAUAUAUAUAUAAGAAGUUUAGAAAUUUUAUUAUCUUUUAUAUU